AUGGCUGAUAUGCCAGCGGAAGAUACUAUGUCCGGCAUGAAUGAGCGGAAAGAUUGCAUGUAUGAUAAAAAAAUGCUGCUUGAGCUCUCAUACAGCCCUCUUGUGCGUGCGCCACAGGGCAUGGCGUCGUUGGAGGAAUGGUACGGCCCGUGGAAGCCUUAUAUGCCAGCAUCCUCGAUGUCGCAGUCUCGAUCUCGUGAUGGGCGCAAGGAUACGCAAGAUGCAUCAUUUCCUCGCCGUGAAUCUGGGCGUGCUGGCCAUGCUCGUCGCGGACCGUCGGAAGACGGCACGGAGCGGCGCUCGGCGACGUUCAAGCCCUCCGGCUUUGUGCCUGCGCCCGGUGCGCCACGGCACCGCGGAAUGCGGCGACCCGACGACGAUGAGCGCGGUUGGCGCCGCCCGGCCCACGACGAGCAGAAAGGCUCAGGCGUGCCUGCCUGGAUGCAGGACGAUGGGACACAGACCAGGCCCUCCGCCACGUCGGGCGUCGAGUCGAUUGAGGCAUUCAAGGCACAGAUGCGUGAGAUGGAGCGCCAGCAACGCGGUGAAAAGCCGAGUGCGCCGCCUGUGCCUGACGCCACAGAAGGCCCAGAAGAGACCGAGGCCGAGCAGGCAAGUCGGUUUGCCCGGUUCUUUGAUGUGCAUCGAGAUACGAAGGAGACCAAGCACGGGACGUCCUCACCUGCGAUCGGCUCGCUGGAUCUCUUCGGUAUGUGGCAGAACUUGCAGAGUCGCGAUGCCGACAAGAGACCAUCUGCGCCCACGGCAUCAUCAUCCGCCGUCCCCAAGGCUGACACGAGCGCCGCGUCGGGACCAGGUCAUGCACGUGGGAUGGCUCACUCCCAGCCCGUGUCACAGACACACUCGCCCCUGGUCUCACCGCCCACCCAAAGUGCUGCGCCAUCCGUGCUGCCACCGUCGCUACCGGAUCAAGGCGCGGCGCCCAAGCCCAGCGCGGCAGAUAUGGCAUCUAUGCAAAUGCUCAUGUCCAAGCUGAUGAGCGCGCGCCAUCCCUCAUCGGCCCCAUUAGCCGAGGCCCCUCCAGGACUCGGCACCCCGCCUCGUCCGGCCGGCCCGCCCGGUCUGAGUGGCGCGGCCCACGGCCCCCCUGGGCUCGCAGGUCGGCCACCUGCGCCGCCGCCGCCGCCACCGCCGACAGGCCAGGGUGGCGCGCCUAUGACGUCGAUGGCGUUCCUGCAGUCACUUAUGAAUACGUCUGUGCGUCCGCCGCCCAGUGUGCCGCCGGGCAUGCCAGCGCCGUGGCCGCCGAUGUACGGCGCGCCAAGCGGCCAUGGGCCGCCGGGUGCGCCGCCCCCUGGGCUGCUGCCGCGGCGACCACCGGGUAUGGCGGCGCCGCCGUGGAUGCAAGCAAAGGAUCCAUAA